AUUCACUACAUCGCCUCUGCACCCCUCCACCCCUCACUCACAAUCAAGUAAAUCAUGGACAAAGUCAAGGAUCUAAUCUACAACGAGCCCACACCAGCGCCAAAGCGAACCGUCGAGUCCGUCCAACCCCACCGUUGCGCCAAGCAUGUUGAGGAUCUCAUGGUUGCGAUCAUGAACUUUGAGGUCCAAGAUCAGUUCAGCCUUGUCUGGCAGUGUAUGAGGAGCGAGAAAGGACAAGAGCCAGCCAGACACUCUCCUCCUGCUGUGGAACCGAAAUUUUCACAGAUAAUGGGAACGUUUUCGUGUCUCCAUAGAGUGUUCUCAUGGAUGUAGAAAUAAAACAGAUGGGGGUGACGACUUCUCAG